GCAGGAUGUGGCACAACUCUGACAUUUGAGGUGUUGCAAACAGUCGCGCAAACAACAAGCAGAAGCUGACCUGGAAGCCCCGCUCGGCAGGAAGCCGUGGCAUCCGUGGCUCUGGCGGUGGGCCGGCAUGGAGCUGACCACGCUGUACGUUAUCCUGGGUGGGUUCGAGCUGUUUCCUCUGGUUCUGGCAGUUUCUCUAAGGGUCCGGCCCAACAGGUCUCAGUUCUUCGUCCGUGACUCGAUUCUUCUGGAGUGCGAUCUGGAAGGAAACUCUUCAGACUGGAGAGUUAAGAAAAGAAGACAUGGCUCGGUAGAAGUAGAAGACCAUUGUACAUCCUCUGUUCCAAACUGCUUUUUGGACACUCUCUACCCAGUGGACACUGGAGAUUACUGGUGCGAGUCCGAGGCCGGAGAGAUCAGCGACACUGUUAGCAUCAUUGUAACACGUGGCGCUGUGAUCCUGGAGAGUCCUGCUCUUCCGGUGACGGAGGGGGAAACUGUGACGCUGAUCUGCAGGAGUCGGGAUCUUUCCUCUUCUUCCUCCACCUCGUCCGGAUUCUCUUCACACUUCUACAAGAACAACCUCCUAAUUGGAAGCAGCUCAACAGGAAACCUGAGCGUCCUCUGUGUUUCUUGGUCUGACGAAGGUCUCCACAAGUGUAACAUCUCAGGGGUUGGAGAGUCCUCGCUCAGCCGGCUGACGGUCAGAGCAGGGCGACCUGAGCCGACCACGGCCCUGCUCAUGACUCGCACACUGUUUCCUGUGUUUGCUGUCUGCUUGGCGAUCGUCACACUGCUGCUGCUCGGUCUUUCCAUCAGAUGCACAGGUGAAGAUCAAGAAGCUCUUUUCUACACCACCGUCAUCUACACUCAGCGCAGCUCGGACACCUGCAGAUGUAGACUCCGGACCGACUUUGUGCUCCCCCCUGAACCUGAAGAGUGUCUGACACAGCACACACACAUCACAGGGAUGUUUGGCCUGAAGCAGGAGAAAGAAGAAUUGAACGUUGUUUCCCGGAGGAGGUGUUGACAUGACUGACGUCAAUCAUCAGCUCAGACUCACUUUGUGUCUUUUUGGGCCUGUUUACACUACAACACAGUGAAAAUGCUAAACUUAAAACGGGGGAAAGUAAAAACUUGUGAAAAUGCUCAGACUCUCCUGCUGUUCAUGUUUAGUGGGUAUUAUUCUCUGCAGCAUGAGUGUGGAUUCAUGACAAGAACAACCAACAGCACCACCUGGUGGACCAACAUGAAAACUACAUGGUUUUACUCAUUUCAGUAAACUCUGUUCAGUCAAAUCCAGUA